AUGAACCACGUCCUGUCGUAUAUCUCUUUGCCCAAAAUCGAGUUAAACGGAACCAAUCCAAGCAAUUAUGUGAUCCGAACGCAACCCACCGAUGGAUGUCUGUCUACUGUGGAGUCGGCGGCUCUGGUGUUAUCACAUCUGGAGAACGAUGAAAGCAUUUACGAGAAGCUGACCAAUCCUUUGAUAGCUUUGUGUGACUUCCAGUUGUCGUUCGGAGCGGUCUCUCAUCACAGCAAAGAAUUCCUUAUAAUGAAUGGUUUGUAUACCAAACCAUUAACCAAACGAAUCCAACAAAAGCUUUCCAACAAACAAGACAUCAAACAAUUGAUUCGUUAA